AUGGCGGCUGCCAGCGGUUACACGGACCUGCGUGAAAAGCUUAAGUCCAUGACGUCCCGGGACAACUAUAAGGCGGGCAGUCGGGAGGCAGCGGCGGCUGCUGCCGCCGCCGUGGCCGCCGCCGCUGCCGCUGCCGCCGCCGCCGAGCCUUACCCGCCGUCCGGGGCCAAACGCAAAUACCAGGAAGACUCGGACCCCGAACGCAGCGACUACGAGGAGCAGCAGCUGCAGAAGGAGGAGGAGGCGCGCAAGGUGAAGAGCGGCAUCCGCCAGAUGCGCCUCUUCAGCCAGGACGAGUGCGCCAAGAUCGAGGCCCGCAUCGACGAGGUGGUGUCCCGCGCCGAGAAGGGCCUGUACAACGAGCACACAGUGGACCGGGCGCCGCUGCGCAACAAGUACUUCUUUGGCGAGGGCUACACGUAUGGCGCCCAGCUGCAGAAGCGCGGGCCGGGCCAGGAGCGCCUCUACCCGCCGGGCGACGUGGACGAGAUCCCUGAGUGGGUCCACCAGCUGGUGAUCCAGAAGCUGGUAGAGCACCGCGUCAUCCCCGAGGGCUUCGUCAACAGCGCCGUCAUCAACGACUACCAGCCGGGGGGCUGCAUCGUGUCCCACGUGGACCCCAUCCACAUCUUCGAGCGCCCGAUCGUGUCUGUGUCCUUCUUUAGCGACUCCGCGCUCUGCUUCGGCUGCAAGUUCCAGUUCAAGCCCAUCCGAGUGUCGGAACCUGUGCUUUCCUUGCCUGUGCGCAGGGGGAGCGUGACUGUGCUCAGUGGAUAUGCUGCUGAUGAAAUCACUCACUGCAUACGGCCUCAGGAUAUCAAGGAGCGAAGAGCAGUCAUCAUCCUCAGGAAGACUAGAUUAGAUGCGCCCCGGUUGGAGACCAAGUCCCUGAGCAGCUCUGUGUUACCGCCCAGCUAUGCUUCAGAUCGCUUGUCAGGGAACAGCAGGGACCCUGCUCUGAAACCCAAGCGGUCUCACCGCAAGGCAGACCCCGACGCUGCUCACAGGCCUAGGAUCCUGGAGAUGGACAAGGAAGAGAACCGACGCUCAGUGCUGCUGCCCACUCACCGGCGGAGGGGGAGCUUCAGCUCCGAGAACUACUGGCGCAAGUCCUAUGAGUCGGAGGACUGCUCAGAGGCCGCGGGCAGCCCCACCCGAAAGACCGUGGAGCAUGGCUUCCCCAACCAGCCCAGCGCCCUGGCCUUCGACCCCGAGCUUCGCAUCAUGGCCAUCGGCACCAGGUCGGGGGCCGUCAAGAUCUAUGGCGCACCCGGUGUGGAAUUCACAGGCCUGCACCGAGAAAUGGCCACAGUCACCCAGAUGCACUUCCUGCCUGGCCAGGGCCGCCUCCUGACCCUGCUGGACGACAGCAGCCUGCAUCUCUGGGAGAUCGUCCACCACAACGGCUGUGCCCACCUGGAGGAAGCACUCAGCUUCCAGCUGCCCGCUCGGCUGGGCUUCGACGGUGCCAGUGGCCCGCCCACCCUUGCCCACAUCACCGUGAUCCUCCUGGUGGCUGCUGGCAACAUGGCCGCCCUGGGCACUGAAGGUGGCAGCGUCUUCUUCCUGGAUGUUCCCACCUUGACGCUGAUGGAGGGUCAGACCCUGGGCCCCGAGGAGGUUCUGCGAAGUGUGCCCGAUGACUACCGGUGCGGCAAGGCCCUGGGCCCCGUGGAGUCCCUGCAAGGACACGUGCGGGACCCUACCCGGAUCCUCAUCGGCUACAGCCGGGGCCUGCUGGUCAUCUGGAACCAGGCGGCACAGUGUGCAGACCGCGUCUUCCUGGGGAACCAGCAGCUGGAGAGCCUGUGCUGGGCGCGCAGCGGCAGCAGGCUGGUCAGCUCGCACAGCGAUGGCAGCUAUGCCAUCUGGUCCGCGGACACUGGCAGCUCUCCAGUAACACAGCCUACAGCAGCCACCAUGCCCUACGGCCCCUUUCCCUGCAAAGCCAUCAGCAAGAUCCUAUGGCGGGACUGUGCCUCGGGGGGUCACUUUAUCAUCUUUAGCGGCGGCAUGCCCCGUGCCAGCUACGGCGACCGCCACUGUGUGAGCGUGCUCCGGGCCGACACCCUGGUGACGCUGGACUUCACCUCCCGCAUCAUCGACUUCUUCACGGUGCACAGCGCGCGGCCCGAGGAUGAGUUCGACGAGCCCCAGGCCCUGGCUGUGCUGCUGGAAGAAGAGCUGGUGGUGCUGGACCUGCAGGUGCCUGGCUGGCCGGUGCUGCCUGCCCCCUACCUGGCGCCGCUGCACUCGUCUGCCAUCACCUGCGCCGCCCACGUGGCCAACGUCCCCGCCAAGCUGUGGGCCCGCAUCGUGAGCGCGGGGGAGCAGCAGAGCGCCCCGCCUGCCGCCGGGGCCUCGAGCUGGCCCAUCACCGGGGGCCGGAACCUGGCCCAGGAACCUUCUCAGCGAGGGCUGCUGCUGACUGGCCACGAGGACGGCACUGUGCGGUUCUGGGACGCCUCGGGCGUGGCACUGCGGCCGCUCUACAAGCUGAGCACAGCGGGCCUCUUCCAGACAGACUGCGAGCACGCCGACUGCCUGGCCCAGGCCCCCGAGGACGACUGGCCGCCCUUCCGCAAGGUGGGCUGCUUUGACCCCUACAGUGACGACCCCCGACUCGGGGUGCAGAAGGUGGCCCUCUGCAAGUACACGGCGCAGAUGGUGGUGGCCGGCACUGCAGGCCAGGUGCUGGUGCUGGAGCUCAGCGACGUGCCAUCGGAGCAGGCGGUCAGCAUGGCCAGCAUGGACCUCCUCCAGGACCGAGAGGGCUUCACGUGGAAGGGCCACGAGCGGCUGAGCCCGCGCACGGGGCCCCUGCCCUGGCCCGCCGGCUUCCAGCCCCGGGUGCUGGUUCAGUGCCUGCCCCCAGCCGCCGUCACCGCCGUCACACUGCACACGGAGUGGAGCCUCGUGGCCUUUGGCACCAGUCACGGCUUUGGUCUCUUCGACUACCAGCGCAAGAGCCCUGUGCUGGCCAGGUGCACGCUUCACCCCAACGACUCCCUGGCGAUGGAGGGGCCGCUCUCCAGGGUGAAGUCGCUCAAGAAGUCCCUGCGCCAGUCUUUCCGGCGCAUCCGUAAGAGCCGCGUCUCGGGCAAGAAACGGGCUGUUAACACCAACAGCAAGCUGCAGGAGGCCAACGCGCAGCUGGCGGAGCAGGCCUGCCCCCACGACGUGGAGAUGACCCCCGUGCAGCGGCGCAUCGAGCCCCGCUCGGCCGACGACUCCCUCUCGGGCGUGGUGCGCUGCCUCUACUUCGCCGACACGUUUCUUCGCGACGCGGCCCACCACGGACCCACCAUGUGGGCAGGCACCAACUCGGGCUCUGUGUUUGCCUACGCGCUGGAGGUGCCGCUGGCAGUGGCAGGCAGCGAGAAGCGGGGCGAGCGAGCGGUGGAGGCUGUGCUGGGCAAGGAGGUGCAGCUGAUGCAUCGUGCGCCCGUGGUGGCCAUUGCCGUGUUGGAUGGGCGCGGCCGCCCGCUGCCUGAGCCCUUCGAGGCCUCCCAGGACCUGGCCCAGGCGCCCGACAUGCAGGGUGGCCACGCAGUGCUCAUCGCGUCUGAGGAGCAGUUCAAGGUGUUCACAUUACCCAAGGUGAGCGCCAAGACCAAGUUCAAGCUGACAGCCCAUGAGGGCUGUCGUGUGCGCAAGGUGGCACUGGCCACGUUCGCCAGCGUGGCUUGCGAGGACUACGCCGAGACCUGCCUGGCCUGCCUCACCAACCUGGGCGAUGUGCACAUCUUCUCGGUGCCGGGCCUGAGGCCCCAGGUGCACUACUCCUGCGUCCGGAAGGAAGACAUCAGCGGCAUCGCCUCCUGUGUCUUCACGCGCCACGGCCAGGGUUUUUACCUGAUUUCACCCUCGGAGUUCGAACGCUUCUCCCUCAGUGCCCGGAACAUCACAGAGCCGCUCUGCGCUCUGGACAUCAGCUGGUCCCACGGUGCUGCCCAGGCCAGCUACAAACUCCAAGAGUCGCCCAAGCUGAGCCAGGCUAACGGGACCCCCGGCAUCCUCUUGGCCCCACAGAGCCGUGAUGGAAGCCCUAAUCCUGUCAGCGGCACAAAAGCUGGCACCCCAGAGCGGCCCGAGGCCACGCUCUCACCCAUGUCCGUUGACUCGGCCAUCAGUGCUGACACCACUCUGGACACGACAGGGGACAUCACGGUGGAGGAUGUGCAGGAUUUCCUGGGCUCCUCGGAGGAGGCGGAGAAGAACCUGAGGAACCUGGUGGAAGACGAGGCUCGAGCCUGUGCCAUCCUGAUUAAAUGA